AUGAGGACUUUGGAGACUACUAACAUCUCUGGGUUUGUGAGUGAGUUCAUCCUCCUGGGCUUCCCCUGCCGCAGAGACAUCCAGAUCUUCCUCUUUGUGCUCUUCUCCUUCACCUACCUUCUGACCCUCCUGGGGAACAUAGCCAUCAUCUAUGCUGUGUGGUCAAACCAGAAUCUCCACACACCCAUGUACAUUCUGCUGGCUAACUUCUCCUUCCUGGAGAUUUGCUAUGUCAGUUCUGAUGUGCCCAAAAUGUUGGCCAACAUCAUCUCUCAGAACAAGAGCAUCUCCUACUCUGGCUGCCUGCUCCAGUUUUACUUCUUCUUCUCCAUGUGUGCUGCUGAAGGCUUAUUUCUGUCGGUGAUGUCGUUUGAUCGAUUUCUUGCCAUUUGUCGGCCUUUGCACUAUCCCACUAUAAUGACACAUCGCUUAUGUGCUCAGUUAGUGGUCUUCUGCUGGACAGGUGGCUUUCUGUGCUUACUGACUCCUUUGACUCUAAUAUCUCAGGUGCCCUUCUGUGGUCCAAACACCAUUGACCACUUUCUCUGUGAUUUGGCACCUUUGCUGGCAUUGUCCUGUGCUCCAGUAUCUGGAAUUACUCUAGUCUGUGGUGUCAUUAGCUCUCUCAUCAUCUUUCUUACCUUUCUGUACAUCCUUGGCACUUACUUCUGUGUCCUAGGUGUGGUGCUACAGAUGCCCUCAGGCUCAGGAAGGCAUAAAGCUUUCUCUACUUGUGCUUCCCACCUUGCUGUGGUGUCUCUGUUCUAUGGUUCAGUUAUGGUGAUGUACGUUAGCCCAGGUUCGGGAGACCAUCCUGGCAUGCAGAAAUUUGUGACCUUGUUCUAUGCUUUGGCAACUCCAUUCUUUAAUCCCCUUAUCUACAACUUCCGGAACAAAGAUAUGAAGGAUGCACUAAAGAAAAUUCUGAAUGUAUUAUUGUGA